AUGAGAAUUCACGAGCUGCAACAUGACAUACUGGCUGCUGAGAAUAAAAUGCAUGUUCUCCUUCAGUUAGAGGAGGGGGAGCAGCCUCAACCGCCUCCCCUCCCUGAGGAGAUCCCAUUGGGCUUGGGCCUUCAAAAGGAGCUUCCAGACGACUUGGGAGUUCUUCAAGAUGCUGCAAAAGAGAUAGAAAAUGCUAUUUCACAUCUUAAACGCUCAAACAGAGAAAUUCAAGAAUUUGACCCCGAAGGAAAGGACCCCGAGUUGGUUGAUGCUGUUGCAGAGAAUAUCAUCGCCUUAGCGAAAAAAGAAGAAAGGCUGCAGCAAAUUAAAGACAAAAUGGAAGCCCUGGGGGCGUGCAGAGACUCCUGCACUGCUGCAACCGUACCAGCAGCAGCAGCAGCAGCAGCCGCAGCAGCAGCACCGGCAUCCGCAGCCGCAACAGCAGCACGCACACCUCCAGCAACAGAAACAGCAGCAACAACACCUGCAGAAGCAGCACCAGCAGCAGCUGCAUCAACAGCAACACCAGAUGCAGCAGCAGAAGGGGGUUCGGGGCUAUCAGAGCGCAUGCAAUCUCUAGACCUUACUGACCCCUCCUCUAAAAGAUUCGACGAAGGUAUUGACUUAUAG